GGGGCGGAGCGCGGUCCCGCCCCGCUCCUAUAAACGGGCGGCGGCGGCGGCGGGCGCGGGUCCCGCGGAGGUGAUGGCGCUGCGCUGCCUCCUGCUGCUGCUCUGCGGAGCCGCGCUGGGACCCGCCGUCCACCUCGACUUCGCCGAGCACCGCAGCCAGGCCGCCAAGAUCAAGGUCAACCCCCGCGGCAACCUCUGGGCCACAGGUCACUUCAUGGGGAAGAAGAGCGUCACAGCCUCCCCACACCUGGAGUCUCCAGAGGARCCUGCCAUGCCAGUGGUCUUUGGUCCCUCUCUACGAGCCCUGCUGGAGGACAUGAUGGAACUGCUGACCCGGGAGCUCCUGAAAAUCCUCUUGCAGGAAAGGCUACUGGACGAGAACCAAGGAAAAUACGACCUCACUGACCAGGAGACGGGACUGUUAACAAAGGUGCUGGAGAAGUACUUCUCGAACUGAAGAGGUUCAUCUGGGAAGGAUAAGGUCUGCAAGGUCGGCUGUGCGUGGAGAACAGAAGAGAUCAUCGUCCUUGUGGGUUUCUGUAGCAACACAAUUUUAUUUAUUGUUUCUGUAGUAGUGUUAGCAGCGAUGGCGUGAAAAGUGGAGCCUCCCUGUAUAGUUCCUGUAUGUUUUGUGUUUUCUUGAUGUCUGACGUCCCCUGUGAAUAAAACUCUUUGCAUAGA